UCAGUCCCGCCGCGCCCGCCCAGCGCCAGCUCCGCGUCCCGGCCGGCCCGCGCGCGGCUGCCCGCUCCACCGCCAUGGCCACGUCCCCGCAGAAGUCGCCCUCCGUCCCCAAGUCCCCCACUCCCAAGUCGCCCCCGUCCCGGAAGAAAGAUGACUCCUUCUUGGGGAAACUCGGAGGGACGCUGGCCCGGAGGAAGAAAGCCAAGGAGGUAUCAGAGCUUCAGGAGGAGGGCAUGAAUGCCAUCAACCUGCCCCUGAGCCCGAUCCCCUUUGAGCUAGACCCGGAGGACACCAUGCUGGAGGAGAACGAAGUGCGAACCAUGGUGGACCCCAACUCCCGCAGCGACCCCAAAUUGCAGGAACUGAUGAAGGUACUAAUCGACUGGAUUAAUGAUGUGCUUGUUGGAGAGAGAAUCAUCGUGAAAGACCUGGCUGAAGAUCUGUAUGACGGACAAGUCCUGCAGAAGCUCUUUGAAAAACUUGAGAGCGAGAAGCUGAACGUUGCUGAAGUCACCCAGUCAGAGAUCGCUCAGAAGCAGAAGCUGCAGACUGUCCUGGAGAAGAUCAACGAAACCCUGAAGCUUCCUCCCAGGAGCAUCAAGUGGAAUGUGGACUCUGUUCACGCCAAGAGCCUCGUAGCCAUUUUGCAUCUGCUGGUUGCUCUGUCCCAGUAUUUCCGGGCACCAAUCCGACUCCCAGAUCAUGUCUCCAUCCAAGUGGUUGUGGUCCAGAAACGAGAAGGAAUCCUCCAGUCUCGGCAAAUCCAAGAGGAAAUAACUGGUAACACAGAGGCUCUCUCCGGAAGGCAUGAACGUGAUGCCUUUGACACCUUGUUUGACCAUGCACCAGACAAGCUCAACGUCGUGAAAAAGACGCUCAUCACCUUUGUGAACAAGCACCUGAAUAAACUGAACCUGGAGGUCACAGAACUGGAAACCCAGUUUGCAGAUGGGGUGUACCUGGUGCUGCUCAUGGGGCUCCUGGAGGGCUACUUCGUGCCCCUGCACAGCUUCUUCCUGACCCCGGACAGCUUUGAACAGAAGGUCUUGAAUGUCUCCUUUGCCUUCGAGCUCAUGCAAGACGGGGGACUGGAAAAGCCAAAACCACGGCCAGAAGACAUUGUCAACUGUGACCUGAAGUCCACACUGAGAGUGUUGUACAACCUCUUCACCAAGUACCGGAACGUGGAGUGAGGGGCACCCAGGCCCAUUGCCCGGCCACCUUAACCCGCUUGUUCCCGUGUCCAGCUGUGUGCCCUCCCGCCAGUCCAGCCACCGCCCAGGGAGAGCGGGGCUGAAUUUAGGAAGGAAAUGAUCAGUAACCCGAUGGGCUGACUCCCACCUCCCAGGCCCUGGGGACUGUCCCAGCCACUCUUCCCAUCUGGUGCCAGCUCCAGAUUUCCCCAGUGCGAUUUGGGAACCAGUUUAGGCAUAAGAGACUCCCCUUGGCAUAUAAAAACGAAGAUGAUAGUUUCCAUCUAAUGGUUGUAAACUAGGCACCGGGUGCCACGCUAAGCACUCUGACAUCCUCAAACUCCUUAACACUCAGGAUCCCCAUUGAAGCAGGUAUUAUAAUUCCCUUGGAGGAUUAUAAUCCUCAGAUGAAGAAACUGAGGCUCAGAGAGGUUAUGUGACUUGCCAGAGGCUACCAUGGGUUUUUCUUCCUUAAACGUAUUUGUUAAUAACUAGCCCAUUGCAUGAGUCUGUAAUUGAGGUUGCACACUUGCAUCCUCAAAGAUGGCAGGAGCCUGUCCAUCGCCCCUCUGGGCGACCUUGUCAAAGCUGAGUGAUUCACACUGAAAUUGGCACAUCCAGUUGAAGUCAAUGAAUUGUGUGUGUGUGUGUGUGUGUGUGUGUGUGGCGCAGCAGUCCUGUCCCUCCACUACUUUGUACAAAUGAAAAUUACUCUUAAUUCCUUCAGAUUUGUAAUAACCCCAUUCUCUGGUUUCAGGGUGACAUUUGGGAAGAAUUCUGUUUAAAAUUAAUGGAGUGGCACAUUCUGCAGCCUUUUUGCUUGAUUGCAUGUAAUGGGAGUGCCCUAUAUUUCCCUGCAAAAUAAGUACUCAAUUCAUUAUCGUUAGGCAAAUGCACGGUAUCCUCAGGCACCACGGAGCGCUGGGCGCAGGCCCACGUGAGCGUGGCUUGGGAAGUAGGGCCCUUCAACAGGGACCCUUGAACUUUAAAGAAAGGAACUCCUUUUUGCCUUCUAAUUGAUCAUUUAGACCAUUUCUGGCUAAGUCUGCCCACAUGCAAUUAGCAGCUAAUUCAGGCGAGGAAAAAUGUAAGUCAUUUAGACCCCAGCCGAGCAGUUUCCUUGCGUGGGUUUACUCGCGGGCUUAUAGUAACUAGUAUCCCCUCUCCGUGAACCCAGCUCUGAAAUAUAGACCUCUGGUAGUCCCAGGCUGCUGGGUUCUGUGGGAAUAGAAAAGGGGCCAAAGUUGGGGUGACCAGAAGGACAAGAAGCAUGGGGAAGCAUUUGUACACUUGACAUGGUGGGGGGACGCCCCCAGAAGAGGGAUGGGGCUUGCGGUACUUCACGCUUGCACCCUUCCAUGGAUCAAGGCCUCGGGGUAAAGAAUAACUCGUUCUGAUGUUACAUCUUCAUUAUAGACUUUUCCUAAACAUGCCAGAUGGACACCAGCCUGUAGACCUGCCUGAAGUCUGUGCCUGUUUUGUCACUACUUUCGGCUCAUUGCCCAAAGCCUACCUCUAGUUUGAGGAAUUAAUUUUGAUCUCUAUCUACAGCCCACAGCACCCCACCACCACCACCCACAACAAGUUGGGUCUCCCAUAUUGUCCAAAAGAUUUCCUUCCAGCUUCGACACAUUUCCUGCUAUCUGUGGUAACUCAGAACCCAUAAAAUUUAGAUACACCACAUGUUUCCGUGGAUAUUUUUUUCUAAGAAAUCAUUGUUCCUCCUCGUAAGGAGCUUUGAAGAUAGAAAGACAAUGUACUCUUGUGCCAAUUAUGUAAAAGAAUACAACUCUUUUUACGUGAUUAAUGCAACACUACAAUUUUCAUUAAGAAACACCAAAUAGUAUAAUAUUUCUGUUUGUGCUUUUUUAAGAAUCCUGAUAGCAAAUCAAGAUAAACCAAUGCUUUGUCCCCUUGAGCAAUCCAAAAGCGGGAUGCAGUAAGAGGAAUGCAUUCAUUUAAACAUGCUUUGCUAUACGAA